AUGACUAUCUUCCGGAGCUCGGUAAAGGCCAGUGAGAGCGAACCUCAGUAUGGCAUCAAAGUGCUGUACGACUCCAACGAAGCGGAGGUAGAUAUCGUCUUCGUCCACGGUCUCGGCGGAAGUCGCGACGCAACCUGGACGAUCGACGAUGUGUGCUGGCCCCAAGCCCUUCUUCCGCAGGACUUACCCAAGACCCGUAUCAUGACUUUUGGAUAUGAUUCACGGGUGGUCAGCUUUACAUCAGCUUUAUCGCAGAACGGGAUUGUGGGAAAUGCCGAGGAUCUUUGUGCUCAGCUAUCGCGGUUCAGAGCCUCUUCGCCAGAGCGCCCGAUAAUUUUCGUAGCUCAUAGCUUGGGCGGCUUGGUCUGCGCACAGGCUGUUGUGGCAGGCAACCGCAGUUCCCCCUCCGACAAUACACAGAUUAUCAGCAAACACGUCCGAGGAAUAGUCUUCCUGGGAACCCCAUUCUGCGGUUCCGAAAUUGCAAACUGGGUGUCUCGUCUCAACAAAGUAGCGGAUUAUAUCUUCGAGAGCAGCAAAGCCAAUAUCUCGGACCUGAAAAGCAAAUCGGACACACUGCAGCACCUGAUCGAAGAGUUCGCGAACGUUUUGCGAAAACGCGACAACUCCGACGACAGUAUCCUGACCACUUUCUUCUAUGAGCAGUUGAAAACACAGGGAGUUAUGGUGGUUGACCGCAAUUCUGCCACUAUCCCCGGUCGCGGAGACAUGAUAUCCAUCCAAGCCGAUCAUAAGAACAUCUGCAAGUUCCGAUCGAGGGAGGAUGAUGAAGGAUACGGAUUGGUGCUUGGUGCACUGAGGAAGAUGAUGGUCGAGGUACCCGUGAAGCAGAAGUCGAGUAGCCCUGUCUUCAACUUCAACAAUGAUGGAGCUUCCAUCAUGAACCAGGCAGGCCAGCAGACUAUCAAUGGGGGAAUGAACUUUGGGGCGUUUGCACGGUAG